AUUAUAAUUUGAAAAUUCUCCUAGAAUAGUAGUUGCACUAAAAUACAUUAACUAAAUAGAUACAUACUAAUUGAAGUGAUGACUGUGUUCAGUCCAUUUGUUUAUUGGGCCCAAAAUGAAAACAAUCUAUUUCUAAAAAUUGACCUAAAAGAUGUUAAACAUCCAGAGGUGGAAUUGGAAGAAACAAAAUUGCACUUUCAUUCAAAGGGUACUGGUGCUCAAGGUGAAAAGGAUUAUGGCUUCUCUAUUCACUUUCAUUCAAAAUUGGAAAAAGAUACAAAAUUUGUGAAAAUUACUGACCAAAAAGUAGAUUUGACUUUAACUAAAGCAGAAAAGUGUUGGUGGCCUCGUUUAACUUCACAGCCCCAAAAACCAGCAUGGCUGAAAAUUGAUUUUGAUAAGUGGCAGUCUGAAGAUGACUUGAUAGAUGAGGAGGUGAGAGAUAUCAGGCAGGAUUAUCCUGACCUGUAUAAUAUGUUGCAGAAGGAAGAAUUUGGUUUCAGGAAAGAGGAUUUUAAGAAAGUCUACCUCACUUUCUACAACCUCUUCAUGUUUAUUGGAUUCUUGUACAUAACUGCAGUCCUAUGCAUAAAAUACCUCAAAGAUGGCAUACAUUUCCUACCAUUAGCUUAUGAGACUGUUGGUUCUACAAUGGUGUGUGUACAGCUGUUGCAGUGUCUUGAGGUGCUACAUCCUAUUUUUGGAUAUGUCAAAGGAGGUCCACUGAUGCCCUUUAUGCAAAUCGGAGGCAGGCUGUUCAUUUUGAUUGCGAAUUUGGAAUAUGAACCGAAGAUACAGAAAAUGCCGGUGACAUUUUUCCUGUUUUUAACGUGGUCAGCCAUUGAGGUUAUAAGGUAUCCUUACUACAUGUCACAACUCCAUCACAGAGAAAACCAGCUGCUCACCUGGCUGAGGUACACCGCCUGGAUAGUCCUGUAUCCCAUCGGGUUCCUCUGCGAAGGCGUGAUAGUCUUCAGGAACCUGAUUUUCGUGGAUCAGUCAAAUAAGUGGUCGGUGUCGUUGCCUAACAGGUUCAAUUUCACCUUCCACUUUGCUACCUUCCUUAGGGUGUACCUCUUGGCGGUUAUGAUACCUGCUAUGUACACGCUUCUGAUGCACAUGUAUACGGCUAGGAAAGCGAAGAUUGGGAGAGUAGGUGGCAAGUUGAAAGCGUCGUAGGGUAUGAUAAGAAAUAUGUAUUCUUCUAGUCUGAUUUUAGUGGUGUCGAAUUAUUUGCUCAAUAUUCCCUGUACAAAUUUGGGUGGCAUGGUAGGUUCUGGUAUAGUGCAUAUGAUUUUUUGAUUUUUCCACGUUUCAGAAGAAGUUUCAUGAAAUAUGCCGGGUGUUUCCCAAAAGUUGCUCCUCCCUAUAACUUUUUUCAACUGAUGAACUACAGAAAUUCGGUGUGUAGGUUGUUGGUUUAGUACAUGAUUAUGAAAUUUUUGACGUAUUCAUGUUUUCUGUCUAAAGUAACAGACACGCACAGGAUGUCAUUUGUAUAUCUGUAGAAACAAGUUUGGGGUAAGCUCGGGGAUAAGUGAAUUUUGGAAAAAACUUGGUAUAAUAUUCACACUACUGAAAGUCGCCAGUACACAAGAUGAAUUAUGUGUCUUAAAAUGAAUGAUAGUCGCCUUCGGUAUUUGAAUCGGAUUGCUCAGAUCAAUAUGUAACAUUUAUUACUAUUAUCGUUUAUUAUUAGCGAUUUAAGAGUUCGGACACAGCUGAACUUCUGUCCUUUUCCAUUUUCUAUAUCACAAUGGUUUGAGUGAAUAAAAGAAUAAGACAUAU